GCCGCUCAAAGUUGGGGCUUUCCCUACGUUUUUGUUUUUCCUGCCCGUGCGCAAGAUCUGCUCUGGAGACGAACAUCUGUUCGCAAGCGUUUCUGAAGAAGACUGGGGCGGGCAUAGCGGCGCGCGUCCGAAGGCUCGCGAGGGCAAGAAAGGAGAGCGGAGAUUGCGCUCGUGCAGGGGGCUGUGAGGCGGAGCGAGACAGAGACAAGCUGAGGAGGAAGGACAACCAACGAGAGCGUGGAUAUGGAGGUGGAUGGGGAAGAGAAGCAGGAGAAGCAGAGGAAAAAGAAGGGCUUGCAAUCGCCUGAUAUGGACAAUGGGGGAAAGAAGAGCGGUGAACUGCCGCCUCAUCUCGAGUUCCGUAGGACACGUGUCUUGUGCAAAAAUGAUUAUCCCACUUAUGCGCAGGGAACACACUACUCUGGAGUGUACAUGUCUCUAGGUGUGGACAACAGUCUGAACAUGGAAGAGUUUCAGAAAAACUUGAGAGUUGAGGUCAAGAAGUUGACGAAUGAGGAAAUGGUUUUUGAUUUGAUUGGAAUCGAUGCUGCAAUUGCCAAUGCUUUUCGACGCAUUCUUAUUGCGGAGGUUCCUAUGAUGGCCAUCGAGAAAGUUUACAUUGCGAACAACACGUCUAUAAUCCAAGAUGAGGUCUUAUCACAUAGGCUAGGCCUUGUGCCGCUCAAAGCAGAUCCUCGCCGCUUUGAUUUUAAAACAGAUGAGGAGCUUGCCAGCGAGAAGAACACUAUUGUCUUCAAGCUGCAUGUGAAGUGUGUCCGGAGAGGUGAACGGGUUAUCAACUCCCGAGUGUAUUCUAGUGAGUUGAAGUGGUUGCCGAAAGGGAGUGAGUAUCCACCGGAACAAAAACAGAAGUUUACGGCAUUUUCUGCAUCACAGGAAGAGAAGUUCGCGGAUGAUCCCAUUCAACCAUUCUAUUCUGACAUCAUACUCGCCAAAUUGAGACCGGGGCAGGAAAUCGAAUUGGAGGCACAUGCCGUCAAAGGGAUGGGGAAGACACAUGCUAAGUGGUCUCCUGUUGCAACGGCAACUUACCGCAUGCUGCCAGAGGUAGUGCUGAAGGAGGAAAUUAAAGGCGAGAUGGCAGAGGAAUUGGUCAAGAAGUGCCCAGCAAAAGUUUUUGAUAUCGAGGAUUUGCCAGUGAAGGGUGAGAAACGAGCUUGUGUGGCACGCCCUAGAGACUGCACGUUGUGCAGGGAGUGCAUACGUGAGGACGGUUGGGGCGAGCGUAUUCAAUUGCACCGUGUGAAGCAUCACUUCAUAUUCUCCAUAGAAUCAACAGGUGCAUUGCCACCAAAUGUGUUGUUCACAGAGGCAGUCAAGAUUUUGUCGGACAAAUGCGAAAGGAUUCUUUCAGAAAUUACCUAGCUAAGUUGGCUUAGCAGUUCCUGGGCACUUGGGUUCUUUGAACUUCUUUUGCCUUGCUCUCCAGUACCCUUCUCCCUCUGUAGUAUGCAUCUUGCCCUUUCUUCACUCUCUCAUGUUCUAAUCCUCCCUCUCUCCUGUUCCUCGUUUCUCAUGUUCGAAUCCUUCCAUCUACUUGAGAUUGUUCUCACAGCAGAGAGUAAAUCAUGUAUCUAGACUCUAGAGUGAGUCUUUUGUAUUUUCCGAAUUUUCUUUUUCUUGUGCUGUGGGUACUGUCGCCUUUGUGUUCCAAUCCUUUGUUUCAAUUUGUUUUGAUUUCCACACGCUUUGCUGCUGUGUGGCGGUUACCUUCAGCAACUCCUCCUCUGGAACUCUCAGCUUCAGAAGGAACGCUUGCCUUUGUUAGAAUUUGGGACCAUUGGUCCAUCGGAAAAAAAAAAGAAGAAAGAAUUUUGUUUGGACGAUUGACAUCCCAUUGUUGCUUGGCUGCAUCCCUGGAAGCCUUCUAUUUUUGUGUAGCUGGAGUCGGUUUUCCAUCUUCCCAAUGCCUAUCCUCUGAUCGACGUGAUCGUAUGAUUUGCAGCGAGUUGAUAUUGUAGAUACAGCUGGCGUAAUGUGAUUUACGGUCAUGGUUUGGGGGCUACAGAUAGUAGUUCUCUUUUAAAAGGAACUCUACUUUACUCUACUUCGCGACCAGGGGGGUCUUAAGUGAGCCGAUCUUCCGGUUGCCGAGUUACGCGAUUCUGUGACUUCUUUAGCCUCGUCCAGUGCUAUGCCGUGCUCCGCACGGUGGCAUUUCUACUCAGUUUCGGCAAAGUGCGCAAGCACUGAAUGAAUUGGGGCAUUUUAUUUUGUAUACGCUCGCACUUGCAAAACGAAGGCAGUGGCAAAAGCAAAUGGCCGGGGCGGGAUCAGCAUCUGUCUCAGGCCAUCGAGUAACCAGAGUGAUUAGGUCGAUCAGACGAGGAGGAGGAGGAUCGGAGGAGGCGUGUAGUGUGGAUCAGAAAGGGGAGAAAAGGGCUAUAGGGUAGCGUCACAUGGAUCGCAGAUGUGGGGAUCGCCAGAGCAGACGCUUGGCAUCUGAUCGCCAGGGGCAAUGCAAUUUAAGGAAAACAGAUUACCGUUUUUUUUUUUUGUUUGUUUGUUUGACGAUGUCUAUAAAAUUAUAAAUAUUAUACAUGUAUAGUUGAAAUGAACCCAUGCCACGUUC